AUGAAGUUCGCCGCCCUCAUUUCUGUCUGUGUCGCUCUUGUGGCCACGGCUCCUAUCGAAGGACCUGUCGAUGCCAGGGCUGCUGCCGCCAGUCUCGAGGUUCGUCAAGGUGGCUUGACCAGAGAAGAGCUCCAGUCUGGGAGCAGCUCUGAAUGUCCCAGGGUGAUAUUCAUUUUUGCUCGCGCUUCUACCGAGCUGGGAAAUAUGGCAAGUAGCUUCACAGUCGAGACUUCGGGUCCUACGGUCGCGGAUGCCCUUGAGAGUCAGUAUGGGGCGUCUCAGGUCUGGGUUCAGGGCGUCGGUGGGCCAUACAUCGCAGACCUGGCUUCCAAUGCCCUGCCCGAGGGCACCAGCCGUGCUGCUAUCAACGAGGCCAAGAGGCUGUUCACACUGGCCAACACCAAGUGCCCCAAUUCUGCCGUCGUUGCGGGAGGGUACAGCCAGGGCACCGCCGUCAUGGCGUCCUCGAUCUCGGAGCUGGGCUCGGCGGUCCAGGACCAGAUCAAGGGUGUCGUGUUGUUCGGAUAUACCAAGAACCUACAGAAUGGGGGCCGCAUCCCCAACUUCUCAACGUCCAAGACUGAGGUUUACUGCGCCGCCACCGACGCCGUGUGCUUUGGCACGCUUGUCAUCCUGCCGGGACAUUUCUCCUACCAGACUGAGGCGGCCAUUAAUGCGCCGCGCUUCUUGGCUGCUCGUAUUGGGUGA